GGCUCGUUGACAUCGGAAUGGGCAUACUGCAGCACCUCUUCCGGACCAAGCCCAUCGAGGUUAUCAACGCGGAAGAACUCAAGGGAGAACUGCCUCGUGAACUCGGUCUGUGGGACUUGAUCGCCAUCGGUAUCGGUGGCACAGUAGGCUCAGGUGUGUUUGCAACCACGGGGGACAUCAUCAGCGGUGCAUCUGGUGGAGGCGCCGGCCCUGCCGCGUUUAUCUCAUGGACGAUCGCGGGCGUGGCGUGCAUCCUGAGCGGCUUCGCGUACAUGGAAAUGAGUGCGUUGGUCCCGUCGUCCGGGUCGACGUACGCGUACUCGUACCACGUUCUCGGCGAACUUCCUGCGUUCGUGGCGGCGUGGCUCUUGACGUUGGAGUACGGCAUGUCGGGGGCUGGCGUCGCGCGGUCGUGGGCUCAAAAGGUGCAGGAAUGGGCGGACGAGAGCGGCGGUGACCACACGUUCCUGAACGAGGAGCACUACAACGUUUUGGGCAGUGGCAUCAUGUUCUUGUCCGUGCUGAUCUUGUUGGCCGGCAUUCGCUUUGGCAAGGUGUUCAUCAACUUCGUGUCGACGAUCAAGGUCGCGGUGGUGCUAGUCAUCAUCGUGGCUGGGUUUGCGGCCACCAACUCGGACAACUUGACCCCGUUCGUCCCCCCCAAGAACGAAACAACACAACUUUUUGGCGUGCCAGGCAUCAUGCUUGGCGCGUCGCAGGCGUUCUUUGGGUUUAUCGGGUUUGAUGAAGUGUGCUGCCUGGCGGCGGAAGCCAAGAACCCCCGCAAGACCAUGCCCCGCGCGGUCAUCGGGGUCAUUCUCGGCACGAUGUUCUUGUCCUGCUUUGCCUCCCUCGCCCUCUCCGGUAUGGUCCCAUCGAGUGUGUACUCGCACUUGCCGUACGACAUGGGCAACGACGCCGACGGCAACCCCCGCGGCAACCUCACAUACUUCUCGUUCCCUGGCGCGUUCGGCUUUGUGGGGUACACUGCCGCCGAGCUGAUCGUCCGCAUCGGGGAAGUCGGCACCAUGCCUAUCGUGGUGCUGAUUGCGUUUCUCGCCCAACCUCGUCUCAUGUACGCGUUAUCCGUGGACGGGUUGAUCCCCGAGAUCUUUGGCCGCGUGGACAGCAAGGGCAACUUGUUUUGGUGCACUGUGAUUGCCGGGGGCUUCUUCGUCGUCGUAGCGUUUGUGAUUCCAUUCGGUGCCAUCUGGAACAUCGUGUCGUUUGGGAUUUUGGUGUCGUUCAUCAUGACUAACUCGUCGUUGCUCCUCAUUCGCACCCGUGAGUCGUCUCCUGGCUUGGCCUACAAGCUUACGGCGGCGGCCGUCGCCGCUUCGUGUGCCGCCAUGAUGACGUUCCAGAAAGGGUUUGUCGAUGGCAGGAGCCAUGUUGCCCUGGGGGUGUCGAUGGGGUUGCUCGCGGUGACGUUCGCCCUGGGCACCGCGCUGUAUGUCAAGUGCCCCCAAAACAUUGGCGGCGCCGACAUGUUUCGCGCGCCUUUAGUACCGUUUAUUCCCCUCUUGUCCAUCACAGUGAACUGGUUCUUGGUCGCGCAAUUGGCCGAGAAGGACAUUGCCCGCGGCUGCAUUUGGAUCGGAUGUGCGAUCAUCGCGUACUUUUUGUACGGGUUCAGCCACAGCGAAGGCCGGUCCGGGUGGAUCAAAAUGCUCAAUCACACGGUGUUGGGGUUGAAUGAAGUCCGCCCGUCCAUGAGCUCCAUGGUACAUUUGGGAGGCAUGAAGAAGACGCUCUUGACCCCUAGUCAAGCCCAAUCGUGAUCCAGUGCUACGUAGCGUAAUUAGUACAGUAAUGUAUAAAGUUGCAUGUAAUAACAAUGCAUGGAGACUACGUUGUGC